UUGGUAUUCUUCCUCACUUCCAUCUUUUCCAACAUUUCUUUACCCUCACACCCAUUCCAAAUGCUGCCAAGCCCAGUGUCGUCGGCGGAUGUGAAUUAGUACUUCAUCCUGAGACCCGAGAUGAGUACUUAGCUUAUGAUCCGGCGGGUAAAGGAACCGCGUGGAAAAGUUUUUGGUUUCAUGUCGGGAACUUCGAAUCUCCACUUCCAGAGAGAGUUGCUGGCGCCCCCAAGUCCAAGCAAACUGGUCGAGUACAGGACCUGGUGGCAAACAAGUCGAAUGCAUUCUUCGCGCCAUUGCCAAUUUCAAAAACAAAGGAGUUACUGGUGAUCAUGUGGUCUUUUCCUUUGUGAGUCAUCGGAUUCAACCUCUCCAGCGUCGGAAACAUCCUGCCUUCAGAUAUGAAGGCACAAAAGAUCCCACCAGACUCUCUCCAGAAGCAAUGGCUCAUUCUAAAGUAAUCAAAAGAUGUUGUAAAGUACUCGAUAAUUUCGACAGGUCUUUGGUACUGCCACCACUCUUCUGUGCAGUCAAUCCUCCGGAAAAGACCUGGAAGAAUUAUAAGAUAUGGUAUUGCAUGCCUUCAUCUUCGGAAGAUGCUGCUCCUUCUGAUGAUAGUAAGAAGCGGAAAGCAGUUCCCGGAUCUUUGUUGCAGAGAAAAAUACCCCGUCUUGAUAGUGGCCAGAUCCAAUAUCUUCUAGUGCAUGAGAAGGAUCAGAUCCAGGAUUUUCGUAAUUGGAUGCAGAAUGAUCUAGAAACAACUACUCGAUCAGCCCCCGAGUCACCAGUAAUUGGGUUAAUUGAGAAUUCAACUGCCAUCUCGCCGGAUGCAGACACAUCUGGGACAUCAAAUGAGCCGAAUCCUUUAGUGCCCAAGCUUGCUCCUUCUGCAACUACUGAAGGUACCUCAAGUGCUGCUGGGAUUGGCAGUGGUGGAGCUGAAGGAUCAAGAAAUCCUGCUGUUCGAGUAGUACCCUUUCAGUCUCUGCCAUAGUCUACCCAAGAGGAAUUGGGUAAGGAGCUCUUUGAUGAUCCAUUGUUGUCUAUAGUCAAUGUAAAGAAGCUUGCAGAUUGUAUGCAGUGGAGCUUUAAAUAUACCAAGGUAAUCCUUCUUCUGCUGCUGUUUGCUUAUGUCAAGUAGUUGGUGACAUCUGGCCCAUCUUGCUUUGUACUUAUAGGAAGUUGCCAAUCGGUCCUUCUUGAAAUCACAUGCUUUGUAUAAGACUGUUGAUAAUCAGAAUACCUUGGCCUAGCAAAAUGCAUUAAUUGCCAAACACCUUGAUGAAUCCCUUGCUGCACGGAACAAGCUUUAUGAAGCGAACUGAAAGCAUCAUCUAGAACUUUGUGACAUGAAGCAGCAGAUCAAGCAUCUGGAGGAGGAGAAAGCCAAACUCCAGGAAAAACUGCAAUCUGCUCAAGCUUGUUCUUCAAAUGACCAUACUCGACUAGUUGCAGCAGCUCACGUCAUUGUAGAUAUGGUUGAUUCUGAAGAUGGGUCAUCGAGUAGUAAUUCUUUGGUAGAACAUUUGGAAGAGGCUCCCAAGAAAUUCUUCGACGUCAUGACAGCCACCUCCAAAAAUUAUCUAACCCAUAUGAUUGGAGUUGUCAAGUCUUACUGGCCUCAGCAUAACUUAGCUCCCAUAGCCAAAGGAAUAGCUGCAGAUUGUUCUGAUGAGAAAUUCCAGAGCUAUUGUAAAGAGUCAGAAGUAAUCGCUAAGGAGAUUUUGAAGAACUUGGCAGAAUAAUCUGCUUGUAACAACUCUUGUCAUCAACUGUAAGAUCUUGUCUUUGUAUGUAUUGCUUUUAUCC